AUGAUUUCGGACGUGGCGCACGUCGAGUGCAUGCGGCUGCUGGAGCUGCUGACGAACGCGCGCGUGCAGGAGAGCUGGUCCUGGGUGUUCAUGACGCCCGUGGACAUUCCUGGCUACCACGAGGUGAUCAAGCGGCCCAUGGACCUGGGCACGAUCAAGAAGAACUUGGGCGCUAAGCCGUCGCGCUGCCGCUUCAAGUCGCACGAGAAGUUCGCGCGGGACGUGCGGCUCGUGUUCCACAAUGCGCUCGUGUACAAUAAGGACGACCAGGACGUCAAGGGGUCGGUCUACGCGGCCGCGCAGCACCUUUUGCGCGUGUUUGAGACGGCGUAUACCAAAGCAAUCGACAGCGUGUUGAGCGCCGACGACGCGAAAGUUGCAGCGGAGAAAGAGACACAUCGAGACACGAAGGAGAAGAAAAAGAAGAAGAAGACAAAGGAGGAGGAGGCUGGAGGCGAGGCGAGUGCCGACGAGAAGGAGAAGCGGAACGCGUUGUCGUCGACCGCUGACCACCGCCAAAGUAGCAGCAGUAGUAGCGGUAUCAGCACUACCAUUACGCGUCUAGAAGGGAAAGAAGAGGGAAAAGAUGGGGGACGAGGAGACGAAAGAGACGAUGGCGAGAGCAGCAGCAAACACCGGCACAAACACAGCAAGAAGGACAAGAAGGCAAAGAAAAAGUCCAAGAAAAAGAGCAAAGACAGGGACAAGGAUCGACACUCAAGUUCUCGCUCCGGGGAGAGCAAGAAGAAGUCGCAUCGAAGCGACCACGUGAAUGAAAGUACAGCACCUCGUGGCGCCGGAUCGGAAAGCGCUGUGGAAGGAGGUGCGUUGGCAGUGUCCAGAACGAUUGAUGCGACGCCCCUAGCCACGAGUGGUUCAGUUGUCCCUCUGAGCAGUAGUCUAGCGGCGAAGCAAGAGUCUGUUGUAGACCGUGCUCUUGAAAACAAAAUGUCGGACUCGGAGGUGGCAGUGUGCCUCGCACUGAUCACGAAGUUGAUCAAGUAUAAGGAGGGGAACAUCAGUCCUGCAGCCCCGUUUCUCCAGCCGGUGGACGUGACACAUUUCCCAGACUAUCGCAUCAAAGUUCCGAACCGAAUGCAUCUGUAUGGAGUCCAAAAGAAACUUCGCAGUGGGAGCUACAGUACCAUCGAUGCGUUUGCAUACGACAUGCGUCUGAUUUUUGCGAACUGUUUGGUGUACAAUAGCGACGUGAUCUUGAGCAAGGUGAUGCGGAAUCAUGCAGUAACUCUGAUGAAGCUGUUUGAGGGUCUGUUUGCGAAAAUUGGUGGAUCAUGGCCGGGCAUCCCAGAGCGAUGGAAGUGUCACCAGAUCAUUCACGACAUUCUUGCGCAUCGCACGGAUGGUCAGGAAACUGCACAGUGGUUCAAGUAUCCCAUCGAGGCUUACUAUGACUCUCCCGACCAGAUCCCGUACAACUACUACGAGACGGUCAAGGAACCGAUGGAUAUUGGCUCGGUGUCGUCAAAAUUGCACCUGGGCAAGUACAGGCACGUUUCCGAAUUUGUAGCGGGCUUGAAGCUAGUUUUCGAUAACUGCAUUCGCUACUGGAAGCCUGAUCCACAAGGGCAGACGUACUGCAAGUCUGCGGAGACUUUACUAGAGGUGCUGCACACGCGAAGGGCUAUACUCAAUGCGUCGUCGAGCAACGCCGGAUCGUCCAGAGAAAAGCACCACUCUUCGUCUACAUCGUCGGCAAAGACCAGGACUGUCUCUGCUAGUCCACAUUCUUCGUCUGCACAACAACCGUCGGCAGUCAUGACCAGCGUGCCCGGUCGUGAGCGUGAACCGACCACGAAGAAGGCAUCGUCGUCUUCAAAGUCCUCAAAGACGUCGAAGUCAUCGAAGUCUCGUGAUUCGAGCGGUGGGUUGCCCGAAAAGGGCGUAUGCUUAGGAAUCAUGAAACAACUACGAGGCCACAAGAUGAAGGGCUACGGUGGAAUCGAAAUCAAGACGGCUGGCCCUUUUUUGACUGCUGUGGAUACGACGAAGUAUCCUGAUUAUCUCGCGAUUGUCUCGGAACCUAUGGAUUUUGCCAAGAUUGAGCGCAAACUGAAGAGCGAUCGGUACGGCAGCGUCGACGAAUUUAGCGCUGACGUGCAUUUGAUAUUUUCGAACUGCCACAAGUACAACAGUGAUCCGGUGGAAGGUGCUGACAUUCGGGCAAUGGCCACGAACCUACGCACGCAUUUCGUGAAGCUUUACAACGAAAAGCUGGGUCCUCUCGAUGGCAUGGUAAAUGGAUCGAUUGAUUCGCCGACAUUUUUAGUCCAGACCCCAACAGUUCCGUCAUUCCCAGCUGCACCGGCUCCGAAGCCAGCAGUGUCAACGGGAGCUAUUGACGCGAACGCAUGUACUGCCACGACUGGGAAGGGGUCUUCCUCGCUUCAGAAAGCAAUUAAAAGGUCUCCUAGCAAGGACUUGACAUCGACUCCAUCAGUGGCGUCUUCCAGCAGCGCGAGUCCUACUCGGGAACCAAAGAAGGACAAAUCAUCCACUCGCAGCAAAAACGUGGCCAAGGUGGAUUGUGCUGUUGUCACACAAGCACAACCAGUUGUUUUGCUGAAGCCGAUGAUUCAAGAAGAACCAGAGCCCGCCGCUAUCUCGGAAAGCUAUUCAUCUGCUACGACUAAGGAAGUGUUCUGUGGUAGCUCCAAUGCAGCAGGUCUCACUCCCGAGGAAGCUAAGAGGUUGCGCAAAGAGAUGAAAGAGAAGAGAAAAAGAGAGAAGAGGGAAAAGAAGGAGAAGAAAAAAAGGGACAAGGAGAAAAAGCGCGAGAGAAAGGAGAAGAGCAAGCUGUUGAGCUCCGUCCCACAGGAGAGGGCAUUGCCCGCUAACAAGACAGGCUCGACAGCAGCAGGUGUUCCACCUCCUCUGGCCACAGCUACAGCAGCAGAACAUGCCCCGCCUGUUGCUAGGUCUGCCACUCCUGCUGGGGUAGCCGCCGCGACCGCUCCGGUAGCGAUUGCUUCGAAGCGAGGUUUGGCAGAGCUUCAUGGUACGGCCAGUUCGGUACCGAGCAAAAAGAGCAAGAAACACAGGAAGUCAGACCUGUCUUCAUGGGAGACUCCCUGUGAGCGCGUGCUGAAUCGCUUGGGCAAGAUCGAGCAAGUGAUGAAGUUACACUUCAACCACCCUCUGCUGGAGGUGUUCCCACAACUCACCAGCGAGUACACGGCUCUGAUCAAAGAGCCAAUGGACUUGCGGACGCUGCGCGAACAGCUGCAUUCUCAUGCACUAACUCCGGCUGAGUUUUUGCGCAAAGGUCGCCUUACUUUUCAGAAUGCUGUCAAGUUCAACUGUGCUGAUGAUCCAGCUUCGAUUCAGGUGCGCAACAUGUCGACGCAUCUGCUGUGGUACUUUGAUUCGCUGUGCGCCGAGCUGCAGAUUCAUCCGGCACCAGGAGAGCAGAGUCGUGCAAAGCGUGAUGAGCUAAGGCGUGAGCGUGCAGAGUUCGUGAAUACCGUGCCGGUUGAGCUCAAGGCCAAAGAGUGCCAAAAGCUGCUCCGGGUCCUCAACAGUCAGAAACACGACAAGAAUUGCUGGCCGUUUCGGAAGUCUGUUCGCGUGCUGUUUCCAUCCUUGUCGCCGGACUAUUUCGACAUCGUCAAGACUCCUAUGGAUUUGUCUACCAUUGCGGGGAAGCUGAAUGAGUUUGAGUAUAAGGUGCACGGCGAGUUCAUUCGAGACGUGCGGCUGACAUUCGAGAAUGCCAUGGUGUACAACCGUGCUGACAAGGAUCGCGAAGGAUGGAGCGUGUAUACAGCAGCUUCGCAUAUGCUAGCAGUGGUGGAAGAUCUAUGGGGAGACGUGACGCUGGAGGUGACGGAGAAGGCUCGUCGUCGUGAAUUGUUGCGUAAGGAGCGCAUGAAUGAGUCGAAGCGAAGACGGACUGAUGUCUCUGAAGUCAUUGGCGACCGUGAGAACAGCGUUCACAAACACGACCGUCACUCGACUGGCGCGAGCGAGCCCGGACACAAACUCAGUAAGCACCACCACGAGCCGAGCGGACAUCGAGUAGAAGAAGGUGCUGGUGCUGCAUCUGUAGCUGCUGGUACAGCGUCGAGAGUGUCGCCUUCGCCACCCGCAAAGAGCACGGGCUUUGCAACUCCUGGUGCCACCGGACAUUCUGUCGUCGGCACGAUAGUUGUCGGUAACGGAAGUGGCUCGCGCGAUGACAACGGCGGUCCGGACGCGACCGCCACCCGAGUCAAGUUGCAACUGAUGCCGAACAGGCCGAACAUGGAGCGCAUGAACAAGCAGGAGCGCAAGGCCGAAGAAAAGAGGCGGAAGCGGGCUCGACGUGAAGAGGAAAUGGCACGGACAGAGAAGAGGCGUCGAACCGCUGUAGCAGCCACCGACGACGCAUUGCGCGAGGCUGAGAUCCGUAGUCGUCGCAAGCAGCUGAAGUUGGAAAUGGCCGAGGCAGUACGUCUGCGUGAAGAACGUGAACGCCGCCUCGCGGAAGAGGAAGCUGAACGGGUCCGUCGGCAACAGAUGAAGCUCAACGCUGCUGCUUGGACAGGUGUCUUGGUGCCAGCUGCGGGUACUGCUGCAUCGCGUAAACGAUCAGGUUUCUGGGCCAAGAAGCACGCAAAGCUGCAGAUACCUCAGGCUUUCCAGCCUCCGGCUAUCAAUGCUUAG